GUGCCGGAAAAAGCCUGUGCUAUCAACUACCAGCUGUUCUGUCGCCUGGAGUAACAAUCGUGGUAUCGCCCUCUGAAGUCACUUAUCGAAGACCAGCGAUCGAAAAUGCGAGAUCUCGGGGUGUGAUUCCUUGUGAAGCGUUGACAUCGGACUUGAAUGAAGACAAACAACAAGUGAUCUACAAUCGGUUGAUGUGCUCCCCACCUGAUAUCAAACUGUUGUAUGUUACACCUGAGA